AGAUUUGGAAGAGUCAUUCCUGCGGCCAUUUGAAAUGUGUGUUAAAGAUGGUGAUGCUAGCAGUGUUAUGUGUUCUUAUAACCGUGUUAAUGGAAUACCAUCUUGUGCUGAUCCAAAGCUUUUGAGAGAGACCCUUAGACAAGAAUGGAAUCUUCAUGGGUACAAUAAUAUUUAAAACCCCAUUAUUAGACCUUGAUUAUUUUUUGUAAAAGACUGAUCGCAAAUAUUAUGUUCUUUAAUCCAGCUAUAUAGUUGCUGAUUGUGAUUCCGUUGAAGUAAUGGUAACGGGUCACAAAUUUCUUAACGACUCAAAUGAGGACGCCGUUGCACAAACACUAAAAGCAGGAUUGGAUUUGGACUGCGGAGCCUAUUACCCCAAGUACCUCGGAAAUGCAGUGAACCAAGGGAAGGUUAGAGAGUCAAAUAUAGACGAGGCACUACAAAACCUUUAUAUUGUGCUUUUGAGAGCAGGGUACUUUGAUGGACUGCCUGCAUACAAAGCUCUUGGUAAAAACGACAUAUGCACCAACAGAAGCAUUGAGUUAGCCACUCAAGUAGCAAGAGAAGGAAUUACUCUUCUGAAAAAUGAUGGACCAACUUUGCCUUUAAACACUGCCACGUUCAAAACUCUAGCAGUUGUUGGACCACAUGCCAAUUCUACCGUUGCUAUGAUUGGAAAUUAUGCAUUUGACCCAAGAAAUCCUGGUAGUCCAUGCCGAUACACCUCUCCUAUUGAUGGCUUUUCAACAUAUGGAAAAGUGAACUACGCAGCGGGAUGUGGCGACGUUAAAUGCAGGGAUGCUAGCUUAAUACCCCCAGCUGUGGAAGCUGCAAAGACAGCUGAUGCCACGAUUAUUGUGACAGGGUUAGAUUUAUCAAUUGAGGCAGAGGGCUUAGACAGGUUGGAUCUCCUCCUUCCAGGAAAACAAACUGACCUUAUCAACCAAGUUGCCGCUGCUGCAAAGGGCCCGGUUAUUCUUGUACUCAUGACUGCAGGAGGUGUCGAUAUCUCUUUCGCUAAGACUAACCCCAAAAUUAAAGCCAUUCUUUGGGUUGGAUAUCCUGGAGCGGAAGGCGGUCGUGCCAUUGCAGAUGUUGUUUUUGGGCAAUACAAUCCAGCUGGAAGAUUGCCCAUCACGUGGUAUCAAGCCGAUUAUAUUAACAAGCUACCCCUAACAUCCAUGCAAUUUAGGCCAGAUGAUAGCCAAGGCUACCCGGGACGAACAUACAAAUUCUUCAAUGGCCCCACAGUCUUCCCUUUUGGUUUUGGUCUCAGCUACACAAAAUUCAAUUACACCUUAAAUGCCACAGUGCCUUCACUGUCCGCAAAAUUGCAGAGAUUUACACACUGCCAUGAUCUAAAUUAUAUGGCUAACAAGACCAAGCCUACUUGCCCAGCAAUUUUAGUAAGCGACUUGCAAUGCGGCGAGUAUAUUGAGUUAACUCUUGUAGUCCAGAAUGUGGGUGGAAAAGUUGGGAGUGAAGUUGUCUUGGUUUACUCCAAGCCCCCAGAUGGUAUUACCGGUACUUUUCUUAAGCAGUUGAUUGGUUUCCAGAGGGUUUACAUAGCGGCUGGUGCGAGCCAAGAAGUUAAGUUUGUGUUCAAUGGUUGCAAGAGCUUGGGCAUUGUAGACAACGCUGGUAAUAAUAUUUUGCCUUUCGGUGGGCACACCAUUAUAGUUGGAGAUGGUGUAGCUUCUUUUCCGGUUCAAGUCACAUUUCAUAAUUAGGGCCAACCUAUUUUGUUUUUGUUUUUUUGAGAAUAUUAAAGCAAUCCUAAAGAGGGGAAUGCUUGUCAUAAAAAUGCUUGAUUUUUUGAGGGUAUUUUUUUUUCUUUUAACAUUUUGUA